AUGGGAUCAGUUGACUACCAAAGCCAAAAUGGGGAGUUAGGAAACAUUUCCUUCUGCUAUCAAAAUAAUCUGAACUCAUGUCAGAAGCUGAUUUAUCCCCUGCCUAUGAGAAUUGUGACUUAUUUUGUUAUAAGCAUUAUUGUAUUUAUUGCAUUAUUUGGAAACCUUCUCGUGAUCACAAUCAUAGUUCAUCACAAGCAGUUCCACUCUCCAACUAACUACCUCGUUCUUUCUCUGGCUGUAGCUGAUCUGCUUGUAGGAGGGGUUGUGAUGCCUCCCAGGAUGAUAUACACUGUAGAAACCUGCUGGUAUUUGGGGACAUUAUUCUGUAAAAUACACACCAGUCUUGACACCACAAUGUGUACCGCCUCUCUUUUAAACCUUGCAUUUAUCUCUGUUGAUCGAUAUUAUGCAGUAUGUCACCCUCUCUUGUACCACAAGAAAAUGACUCCUUUUUCUAUUUCACUGAUGAUCACUGCUUGUUGGAGCAUUUCUUUUCUUCUGGGGUUUCUGUUGAUAUUUCUGCACUACCAGACUCAGGUUUAUGAUCACUACGAUGACGUCAACUGUGAAGGAAGCUGCCCAGUGUUUGUAGGCCCCACGGUGACUCUGACCGUAUCAGUGAUCUCUUUAUAUUUCCCCACCGUUGUCAUGCUUAGCCUAUACCUAAAAAUAUUCCUUGUUGCUAAGCGACAGUCACAUUCAAUCCACACAUCUAGAGGUAAAGGCACUAUUACUAAGGCACAGAGAAAGGCCACUAGAACACUGGCCAUGAUUAUGGGAGCUUUUUUAGUGUCUUGGGCGCCAUUUUGUAUUUACAUCAACAUCAUUUCAUAUUUAGGUGUUAUCGGUCCACCUCAGUUGUUUGAGGUACUUGGGUGGAUCGCUUAUUCAAAUUCAGCAUGUAAUCCUCUUGUGUAUACAUUCUUCUACCCCUUGUUUAGAAAAGCUCUAAGAAUUAUUCUAUGUGGCAAAGGUUUAGGAGCAACUUUACAACAAUAG